AUGAACACAAUCAAAAGUCUUCUGUCUCCGCUCACAGGCAGCAAUGCAAAUCCAAUCCAGGACACUUUGAAAUUGGUAGUUAUUGGCGGCACGGUCGAAACAGCGAGACGAGCUUCCGUUUCUGCCUGGAAUGGCUUCAUUGAUUCUUUCUUCCUGACUGCCCACUUCAGCCAAGAGGAUUAUCCAUAUGACUGGUUGAUGCACUGGCUCUCAAAGCAACCUGCGUGGGGACGAAGCAGGGAAUUUGACAUUACGACACGCACCGCCAGUCGACAUGGUCUCACGCAGUCCACUACAGGCGAUUUGGAAGACCAAGAGGAAGACGAGGACGCGCUUGUCGGAGGCCAGCGCAAACGCAAAGUGGCAAUCAUUCCGAGUCUCGACACCACACACACCAUCUAUUAUCGUGGCCACUGGCUUCGGAUUACGCGCACGAAGCGUUUCCAGGAUUAUGGUUCGUAUGCUGAGCUCAAGAUAAGCGUUGUCGCGCGCAAUAACGACAUCCUCAAGAGACUUGUACUCGAGGCCAAACGUGAGUACGAGAAGGAUGCGGAGCACCGCGUGCACAUAUUCAUGGCCGAUACGACAUAUGGCUGCUGGCGAUGGAACGGGGCACGACAGAAACGUCCAAUGAGUUCAAUUGUAUUGGAGCCGGGUGUCAAAGAUAUGAUCCUUGCCGACUGCAAGGACUUCCUAUGUUCGGAGGAUUGGUAUGCUGAAAGAGGUCGGCCUUCGCACGUCCUGCUUUCUGAUAUGGGUACUGACGACCCCCGAAAGGCAUCCCAUUCCGCCGCGGGUAUCUGCUGCACGGUGUGCCUGGAAGUUGACAGUGGCAAGACAUCACUCAUUCACAGUCUUGCCGGGGAACUGGGUCUUGACAUCUAUGUAGUCAGUCUGUCAUCCAAAGGCAUGAGCGACAACACAUUGUCAAACCUCAUGGGAAACGUACCAUCCAGAUGCAUAUUGCUCCUUGAAGACUUGGAUGCUGCAUUUACUAGGGGCGUCUCGCGCGACGACACUUCGACUGGCGCGCCAACUAGCACGACGUCGUCUAGUUCCGCAUUGUCGGCGAAGAACAAGGAUGAUAGCAAUGAUGGGUCCACUCUGAGUCUCAGCGGGCUGCUCAACAGUCUCGAUGGCGUCGCAGCCGCUGAGGGCCGACUCCUCUUUGCGACGACCAACCAUAUCGAGCGCCUCGACCCGGCGCUCAGCCGCCCGGGUCGAAUGGAUGUAUGGAUUAAUUUCAAGCACGCAACUAAAUGGCAAGCGGAGGGCAUCUUCAAGUGCUUCUUCCCAGUCAAGUCUGCAACGCCUGCCGGCUCAUCGUCAUCCGCGUCUGCACCCAGCACCGGUGCUGAUCCGACGUCGCAGGAGGGGCUUCCUGUGUCCAAGCGCAAACAAGCGACUCACGCCAUUCCGCUGCUUACGGAAGAGGAAAUAUCUACCCUCGCGAAGCGCUUCGCAGAUGCAAUUCCUGAGGAUGAGCUAAGCGUCGCUUCGCUGCAAGGCUAUCUUUUGCGAAACAAGACGCGUCCGCAGGAAUGCGUGGAUGAGGUGGCAGACUGGGUCAUUCAAGAGCGCGAGACCCGAGCCAAGCUGAAGAAGGAGAAAGAGGAGCGCGAGGCAAAGGAGAAGAAAGAGGCCGAGGAGAAAGCGAAGAAAGAGAAGGAGUCAGAGUCCAAGGAGAAGGCUGCUGCGGACAGUGCGGAAAAGAGCUCGAAGAAGGAAUCAAGAACCAAGACCAAGAAAUCCUCCCGCAGCGAAUCAAAAUCCGCCUCCACGACGGACGCCUCGCAAGCCUCCGACGCCGCAAGUUCUGAUUCAACGUCGACCUCCGAAUCCGAGAGCAGCAGUGGCGGCGCUGAGGCGGACACUGAGGAAAGCGUGACUUCCGAAGAGGAAGCCGAGCAGCCGGAGAAGAGUGAUAAGGCCGUAGAGACCACCGAUCGUCAAGAGAAGUGGGUCGCUGUGAAAGGGCACCCACCGGAUCCGUGCGUUUGA